AUGGAGAAUGACCACCUAGGCAGUGACGGCCAUCCGGAGGUCAUAAGUAUUGACUCCGAUGAUGACUUGGAGGUGACGCACUAUUCCACCCCGCGAAACAGAUCUUCCGGGGUAAAACAAGAGAUUGCGACGCCGGUCAGGUCAGGAUCAACGCAUAUUUCAUCUGAAGCAGCAAGCACGGUCAAGGUUCAGCCCGUGGAUAGUGACGAAGAUGUCAAUGAUGGCGAGCUGGCUUACAAGAAGUUCAAAGAACGCAAAUCUCUCAAGCGCAAGCAAACUUCUGCCACUGGGCGGAAGAGCAAACUUCCCAGAAGGAACGAAUUUGUUGGUCGAGUCAAACCAGAAAGACCUACGCCACGACCCAAGCGACCUUUGAAAAGUUAUGGUGAAGUAUCCUCCGAGGAUGAACUGAUGGAGAGCACACUGCCUGGCUACUUGAAAAAUCGACGUGCUCAGUUCGAACUGAACCACGAGCGUCUGCAAGAUUCGGGACUCAAGUUACCACCGACAUAUGAGGAUGUGGAUUUUUCAGAUGACGAACGCCUGGAGGAACUUCAGGAACGACCGGUGUUUCCCAACCUGGCAACUCAGAAGGAGUACAAAGAUAUCGAGCUUCCAUACUCUCUCGGUGUCAUUCCUGCCCCAAUCGCCCAAUGGUUACGUCAAUACCAAGUGGAGGGAGUUGCUUUUCUCCACGAGUUAUUCGUAUAUCAAAAGGGAGGUGUCCUGGGAGAUGACAUGGGUCUGGGUAAAACCAUCCAGGUGAUUGCAUUUUUGACGGCUGCAUAUGGAAAGACGGGAGAUGAACGAGACGCCAAACGUAUGCGGAAAGUGCGCCGAUCCGAUGAUAACGCAUGGUAUCCCCGCACACUCAUUGUAUGCCCUGGAACUCUGAUUGCAAAUUGGAAGUCGGAAUUCACGAGGUGGGGGUGGUGGAAUGUUGACAGCUACCAUGGCGAGAACAAGGAUAUUGCUCUCGACGCAGCAAGGUCAGGGAGGGUUGAAGUUCUGAUCACCACCUACACUACCUAUAUGUCCAACAAGGAUUCCUUGAAUAUGAUUGAAUGGGACUGUGUGAUUGCAGACGAGUGCCACAAGAUCAAAGAGCGCAAGUCAGGGACCACGCAGUCGAUGAACGAAAUCAACGCCUUGUGUCGAAUAGGGCUCACGGGCACGGCAAUUCAGAACAAGUACGAAGAGCUCUGGACUCUUUUGAAUUGGACAAACCCCGGGGUGCUAGGCCCAGUCAGCACCUGGAAAGCGAAGAUAUGCGAGCCGUUGAAGAUUGGGCAAUCGCACGAUGCAACAUUAAGUGAGCUCAGCAGAGCUCGCAAAACGGCCAAGAAGCUGGUUGAGAACCUCCUCCCCCAGUUUUUCCUUCGGAGAAUGAAAACCUUGAUUGCAGACCAAUUGCCCAAAAAGAUUGACCGUGUCGUCUUUUGCCCUUUGACUGAGACACAGUCUGAAGCCUAUGAGAAUUUCCUCGACAGUGAUAUUGUCGAUUAUAUCAAAAACUCCACACAGAUUUGCGACUGCCUGUCAGGGAGAAAGCGUGGUUGGUGCUGUUACCGAUUUAUUCCUGGCAGAGACCCUCCAGCCUGGCAAUCCUAUGUUUUCCCUGCUAUUGCAGUGCUGCAAAAGCUAAGCAAUCAUCUCGCCAUCCUGAUCCCCCAAGGAGGUCGCUCUUCCCGAUAA